AUGUUCUUGCAUAUCCUUGCACAUCAUUUAAAAAAUAGAGUUAUACGAUUUUAUUUUGGGAGGUCUGGUGAAACUAUUAGUAGGUAUUUUAAUUUGGUCUUAACCUCUAUGAUGAAAUUAAAUCGAGAGCUUCUAAAGAAACCUGAGCCAAUUGCUGAGGAUUCAAUGGACGAAAAAUGGAGGUGGUUUAAGCAUUGUUUAGGUGCUCUUGAUGGAACCCAUAUUAAAGUGAAGGUGCCUAUGGCUGACAAAGCGAGAUAUAGAAAUCGAAAGGGGGAAAUAACUACUAAUGUGUUGGGAGUUUGCUCUCCGAAUGGACAAUUCAUAUAUGUCUUAACGGGUUGGGAAGGCUCAGCGGCUGAUGGUAGAGUUUUGCGAGAUGCUAUUAGUCGUAGGAAUGGUUUGAAAGUGACUCAAGGCCAAUAUUACUUGGUUGAUGCGGGUAUACAAAUUGUGAAGGAUUUCUUGCCCCAUUUCGAGGUCAGCGAUACCACUUAA